AUGAAAUUGUAUCGGCCAAAUUACAGCGCCAGAUUGAUCGAUAUAUACACAGAAGUGUUCAAACUGAUGCUGCAAGAGGCUGGUAAUGAUUAUCGAUGCAUGAUAGGACCUGCGUUUGGUUCGGAUCAUUCGAACCUCCCUUCAUGGGUUCCUGAUUUUUCAGUUACCACACCGUUCGUGGAGGUCGAAGCUGUGAUCCGAAGAAUCUCAUCAUUUACGCUGUGUGAGGCUUCAGUGGGUAGACACAAUUUCGACCGUAGGUUCCUUAUUGCCGACUGUCAAUAUUUCGGCGGAGGCGCUGAAGGAUAUAUAGGAACCUGUAGAGAGGCUUCUGUUCGCAUGGUUCUAUCCCGUGUCACAUGUGCUUCGAAGAUAGCUGACGGGAUACAAAUCAAGACAAACGAUCUUCCUAGUAUGGAAGAAUGGAGCCAAUUUUUGGGCCGAGAUGUGUGGACUUUACAAGAAGAAUACAGAGGGGCAUUUGAGAUAUCCAGUACGGGCCGUUGUUUCUACGUCACGAAAAACGGAAAGAUGGGCCUUUGUCACCCGCAGGUAAAGACUGGCGAUCAGGUCUGGGUCUUGAAGAAUUUCAACUCGCCUUUCGUAUUGAGAAAAGCUGACAGUGAAAGUAGUAAUGCUCGGCUGUAUAGGUUUAUUGGGGAUUGCUAUCUUGAUGGGACUAUAGAUGAAGAGACUGUAAAAGCAACGAAGGAAGGAACUUGUAUCACAAUAGUUUGA